CGAUCAACGACAAAGAUCGCAUCUCGCAGUAUUCACCGAUAUACCAUUGAAUUUCUCGGCCAUCUUCCCGAUGUUACCAUAAUCGACCACGACGUGUGGCCUGAUCUCCGGUUCUACGACGCACUGCAUCCUGCUGUGGAACACGGAGCGCGAUUUUGGGACUUUCUGAAUUGUGGGGAAGAGUUCUUCGUACAACAUCUUGAUUGAAGUACCUGCUUGGACUUGUUGUAGACGACUCUUUCGCCUCUCAACAUGGCAAGACUUGAAGCUGGAGAGCGAUCAAGGACGAUCCGCCUCAACACCGAGGGUGGAUAUUUCCGGGUUCCCACGGAUAUGAUGGAGACUAGGAUUGGGCGGGACAUUGCGAACAACCUACUGCUUCCCAAUGUCGAGGAGACAACACCUCAAGCACAAAUUGCCGCUGCAGAACCGCGCCCAGCACGGCAUGCUCGACGACCGACGAGCUACUACAACGCAUACCAAACAUCAUGCACGGUGUCCGACGAUGCGCCGCCAUCGUAUGCUAUCGCCUCGAAGAUUGCGCCACGAGCAAUCCUGCAGCGGACGCCCAGGGAGCGACUACCAGGAUAUUCGUGCUCGGUAUUGUUGGAGAAGAAGAUCCUGAUCAACUUCGAGUUCACCAACACCUCCACGCGGACAUCUGAAGCGGGUUGGAGGGAGGUGUAUAUGGUCAUUCGCGGAACGAUGAUUAACUUCUACCGAGUGAGGGACGGCCGUGCAGGCCAAUUGCUCUGGUCAUACACUCUGCAGCACGCUGAGGUCGGUCUGGCGACGGAUGUCGAGCAUGAUAUCCUCGUCCCGCAAAAUCGAUUCGCAAAGCUGAUCCCGACGGCUGCGCGACGGAGAGCGUGGCAAAAAGAUCCUCAUCUUUUCGAGGCAGUUCCUCAGAGCGUUCUCCGCCUGCGCGCUGAGAUCGAUCAGAUUUUGAUCGCUGAUUCGGAGGAGGAGGCAAUUUACACCCUUGUCCACACGAUUGGGGCUGCGAUUGACAUUUCACAACCGAUUGAUGAUCGCAGUAUUCCUCGGCCGUGCACAGUGCCGAGAAGAAGGAGAAGACAGCGGCAAGCUGCGAACACCGACCACGACCUCACCGAUCCUGCCGUGAUUGCAGAACAAGAACGACUCAUCCGGACAAUGUAUCCAGGUCUCGCAGCCGAGUCGACUCCCACGCCAUCUCUCGAAGCGAUCCUACCUCCUGCCACUCCCAUCAUCGAGGAUGAAGAUUUCGACCUCUCCAUGAUUCGCGAAGAUCUCCCCGCUCCAUCAUCAACACUCGCUCCACCAACCCUUCGACCCGCCGCAGCCCGUUCAACGACCGCCACAACAACCUCCUCCACCUUCUCCCAAAUCGCACGCCACAUCAAGCGCUGCAUGCCCGUGCUGCUCGCUGACUCGCCCCGCGCUUCAGAGGUGACCAUCUGUGCCGGCCGGCGGGUGCGCUUCAAUGCGAAGAAGGCGGCGUACGAGGAGUGGACGCUCAGUCCGCCGAGUUACAAGGCGCAUAAUUUCGGUCCGAUGGUAGGGGCGAGUGGUGCGGUGGAGUUGUCGAGGUCGGUGUCCCAGACUUCCGCAGCGAGUAGCAGAUCGCAAGAUGGAAUUGCAUCAAGUGAAGGGUUGGGAUCGAGCACGAUGCUUGGGGUGGAGGAUGAGGAUGUCAUCACGCCGGUGGAGGAAGGAGGACUGCAUUUGACGUUGAGUUUGGGUGAGGCGGGGGAGAAGAGGGAGGAGCAUGGCAAGCUUGUGUCCGUGACGGAGGAGGCGAGGAGCGUGAAUGAGGAUGGGAAGAGAAUGGAGGUUUUGGUAAGGACAAGGACAUUGGAUGAGGUGCCCGUGGGGAUUUGUUUCUGA